CACAGCUAUGACAGACCAAGACCACUCCUAUCGCCCCCAAUCCCCUGACUUUUCGACCUUCCAAUCCCCCAUCUCUCCUCCUCCUCCUCCUCCUCCUCCUGUCGCUCCCCUCCACCAUCUUCCUCCCCUCUACCAAUUCGGCAAUCCCCUCGCCCAUCGCGCUUCCUACGACGCCUCGCCCUUCUUCUCCCCGCAAUACCAGCAACCCCCGGCCCCGCCGACCAGGGUUCCCCAGCACUACCUCCCUCUAGACCCGGACAUGGCUCGCCGCUCGUCUCGUAUCGCCCAGGCGGCCGAGGUCGCCCCCCUGCCCCCCGCCAAAUAUGUGGAUCCAGUGGUGGAAGAGGAGCCUCCCGAGGAAGAAGUUGUGGAGGAAGAAGAACCUCCCAAGCCCGCACCACCCGCUCCAGUCGAGGUCAAGACGAAGUUUCCGGUCGCGCGCAUAAAGCGCAUCAUGCAGGCGGAUGAAGAUGUUGGCAAGGUGGCCCAAGUCACCCCAAUUGCAGUCUCCAAAGCACUGGAACUGUUCAUGAUCUCCCUCGUCACCAAAGCCGCGAAAGAAGCCAAAGAUCGCAAUUCGAAACGCGUCACCGCCUCCCACCUCAAACAAGCCGUCGUGAAGGAUGAAGUCCUGGACUUCCUCGCCGACAUCAUCGCCAAAGUCCCGGACCAGCCGGCCGGGCGCAAACACGACGACGACGGCAGUGAUCAAAACGACCAACCGAAACGAAAGCGCGGCGGCCGCCGACCCAAAGAUGAUAGCGACUAGGGGGGGUGUAAUGAUGUUCUCUUCUUUUUCUUUAUUUGCUUCAUUUGCAUACUGCUUGUUCACGGAAUUUGAUGGCGAUAUCUUUAGACCGGGCAGAGAGCGGGCGCAUACUCUCAGGCGUUGCGGUGGUGGGCAUGAUAUGAUCUGGUUGGGCUUGCAUCACGCGAUGUGAAUAGUUUGGUUAUUCUUCUUUCUUUCUCGAUGCUUGAUUGCUCGAUUGUCGUGAUUAUCUUAAUGAGAUGAUCAGUAACGUGACUCCUAUUCUAUCUUCAUUCUCGCUGCGCGUGUCACUUCUGACGCGUAUACCCUCACUGCUCCCCUCCCUACCUACCGAUAAAAAGUAAC